AUGAAAAUUAAUUGGAAGUGCCCUGACUGGAAGACUUAUACUCUUGAUCCUCCUCCCUUGAAAGAGCACGUUGAAAAGCUGGCCAAACUAGGUUUGAAAGAUCCAUGGGCUCGUAAUUAUGCCUGGCAAUAUUUACCGAAAAUUUACAAAACUCGCCCUCAGCUGUUCAGAGAAGUACUUCUUGCAAGACUACCUCAUGAUGGCUUAAAGGCGGAUCCAGUGAAGCAAAACAUUAACAUGUCAUCUCGUUUUGUUCGACUUUUUAAUUUUCGUUUAAAUUAG